AUGGAAGAACGUGGCGAAUUACGUCGAGAUUUGCAUGAAUUACAAAAUUUGCGUUCCAUUGCAUCUCGGCAAUACGUGAAAAGUAUCUUAGAUGAAAAGAUCACUGAUAUCGAAAGAAAGAAAUUACAAAAAUUUUCUUUUCAGAUAGAACAAAGUGCCGGAGAUGCUAAGAAUUCUACUGAUAUGGUUAUAAACCAAAAGAAAAAUGAUGCUGUUCCAUUACCAACGAUAAAGGUCACAAAUUAUGCUUGGGAUCAAAGCGAGAAAUAUGUAAAACUCUAUGUCACUAUUUCAAACGUUCAUACUGUUCCUCAAGACCGAAUCGCAGUGACCUUUGCAGAAAAUGAAGUCGAAAUUCUUGUUCGUGACGUAGAUUCGGCAAAUUACUUGUUAACAAUAAAGGGUUUGCUCCAAAAUAUCAUCCCGUCUAGUUCAACUUUCAAACAAAAAAACGACCUAUUGUUGGUGAUGAUGAAGAAAGAGAAGAAAGAGAACUGGAAAUAUUUAACUAAAGCCGAGCAUCAGAGCAAAGAGAAAAGGCCGGCCGACAUGUAUAUUAAAUUUUCAUACUGUUUCAGCACUCCCAAAUUUGACCAGAAAUCUGAUCCUCAAGAAUCAUUGAUGACUUUGAUGAAGCAGCUUUAUGAAGAUGGAGAUGAUGAAAUGAAAAGAACAAUUCGUAAAGCAUGGCAUGAAAGCCAAACAAAAAGAAGCGAAGAAAUGGGACUAAAUGCUUAA